AUGAUAAAUAGUAAAAUAAAGCUGUUCUCACUGGUAAUUUGCUUAAUCAGAACGAGCACGGCAGUAAUAAACACUAAAAUAAGUAGGAAGUUGCCAAUUAAAAAUAAAUUUAUUUACACAAACCGUAAUUUGGAACAAAUCAUACAACUUCAAAGUUACACGAAAACUUCCAUUGGUAAUGUCAAAUUGAACGGAAUUAAAACUUUGGGGAAAGCAGGUACAGUAUGUGUAAGUAGAAUUGAAUCACUUAACACACGCGGAACCCAGAGACAAAUACACGCGACGAGUUUAAAUUACGCACUUCUACCAGUAGUAAGUAAACUUAAUGGUAACUGUAUAAUAAAACUCCAAAAAAAUAAAAAUUGGAGAGAAAUAUCGGAUGUUUUAGCCGCUAAUACAUGGAAAUCGGCCCAUAAAACCCAAAAUAAAUAUAGUUUUAUCCUGUCGAGUGUAAAUAAUUUUAUUAACAGUGCAAAUAGCACGCUAAGUAACCACAUAACAAAACGUGCAUUUAAUUCGCACAAAAACGCGGAGUUUAAAGAGGGACUAAAAUCAUUGGAAAACCCAGAAAGAAAAGAAGCAGCGAGUGGAUUAAGUAAAGAGAAAAGUCAGAGAAAAGACAAAGAAGGUGCAGAGUUGAACGUUAUAUCGAUGAAUCCGCUCUUUGAUAAAACGCUCGCAGGUAAGGGGCGCGCUCAAAUGGGAGGCAAGGGAAAGGCAGUGAUGAGCCACUUUAAAAACCGCCAGGGACUGCGAAUAAGAACCUACGCGAGCGAAGUGGACAGGCCUAAGGGAAAGGUGUUCUUGGUCCACGGAAUUAAGUCGCACUUCAGAGGCGACUUCGCAGGCUACAACGUCGACUGGCACCUGGCGAACGUGGGCGAGUACAAGACAGAGUCGGCGCACAGGACCGAGGAGCUGGAAAGGGGGCUGGUCUUCCAUAGCUCGCCGCCCGCAGCGAACUCGGACGAGAACUACAGCACGCUCGACGGCAAGAACGUCUUCGACGUGACGCCCCGCUUCAAGUACGAGGGCUCCUUCCUGGAGUACAUGAAUAACCUGGGGUACUCGGUGUACGGCCUCGACCACCAGGGCCACGGCAUGUCGGAGUCGUUUGGGGGGAGAAGGUGCUACUUCGACAAGUUCGAAGACGUCUGCUACGACCUCAUACAGUUCAUAUCUCUGGUUAAGCGCGGCAACUUCUCCGACACCUCGCAGGUCUACGACCACGACCAGAUUUUUAAAACGGACGAAAACAUCACGACCUCUAGCUUAUACACGGGCAACGGCUUCAGCACCACCAUGAACAGGUGUUACCUGAUGGGCCUGAGCAUGGGCGGGAACGUGGUUCUGCGCACGAUGCAGCUCUACCACAAGGCGACCUCAAAGAACCUGGUCGACGCGCUGGUGUGUCUGGCCGGAAUGAUAAACAUAGACUUCCACUACCAGGGCCUGGUCAAAAAGUGCUUCCCCUGCUUCCGCUUCUUCAACAGGCUGAAGCCUGCGUUGAGAGUGGGACUGCCCCCGGACUUCACGGAGACGCUGUCAGCGCAUAUGCGGGGCCAAGACCCGCUGUUCUUCAGAGAGAGGCUAUACAUAAAGAUGGCACUGAUGAUUUACGACGCGACGAAGACCCUGGAGGCAGAGUUUAGCGAAUAUCCAGAAACCCUUCCAACACUGUUCAUUCACUCGAAAGAUGAUAAGACAUGUGAUGUUAAAGGGCCGAGACACUUGAUGGAUAAGUUUUUUAAAAAUUCAGACAUUGUAAGAUUUCACGAGAUUGAAGGAGCGGCACAUGUUAUUUCGUCGCCAUUGUUGACCACAGUAACAGGUCCACUUGUACGAAAGUUUCUAGAAGAUCUAGAAUUAGGGUCCAACCUUUAA